UAGCAUUUCGCGUGAUUUCACUUGCAUUUAGAGUUCAUUUCGCGUUGUUGUUCGAAAAUUUCGAAACCCAACCUCCACUUGUUAUAUACACAGAAAAAUCGAAAUCUUUAGGGAAAAAUUGAAAAAAAAAAAAAAAGCAGGAAAAAAAGUGGAAAAGGGGGAGAGAGACAAAACCCAGUUUCCGUAGCUUCGCUUUAGCCCUAUCUGUAUAAGAGAAGAAGAAGAGAAUAAGGGAAAUAAUCCAUGAGAGUGCUGCUUGUUCUGGGUAAAGACUAACGAGCGAAGAAAACCACGACGGUUUAAUGGCACUAAAGCUUGAACAGCAGCUCAAGGAGUUGGGAUCGAAGCUGGAGACCCCUCCUCCUACUAAAGACACUCUUGUUAAGCUCUUAAAGCAAGCAGCUACAUGUCUUUCUGAGAUGGAUCAAUCACCAUCAGCUAUAACAAUGGAGUCAAUGCAGCCGUUUCUUGAUGCAAUUGUUAAGCCAGAAUUGCUAAAGCAUCAAGAUAGAGAUGUUAAGCUUCUAGUUGCAGCCUGUAUUUGUGAGAUAACUCGGAUUACUGCCCCUGAAGCUCCUUAUAGUGAUGAUGUUUUAAAGGAUGUUUUUCACUUGAUUGUAGGCACUUUUAGUGGGUUAAGUGAUACUGGUGGUCCGUCAUUUGGAAGAAGAGUUGUUAUUUUGGAGACCCUUGCCAAAUAUAGGUCGUGUAUUGUGAUGUUGGAUCUGGAAUGUGAUGAUCUUGUGAAUAAAAUGUUCAGUACAUUUUUUACCGUUGCCAGUGAUGAUCAUCAAGAAAGUGUAUUGUCAUCCAUGCAAACAAUAAUGGCUGUCCUUCUAGAAGAAAGUGAGGAUGUCAAAGAGGAUCUCUUACUUGUCAUAUUAUCUGUAUUAGGUCGAAAUAGAAGUGAUAUUUCUUCAGCUGCAAGGAGACUUGCUAUGAAUGUAAUAGAGCAGUGUGCUGGAAAACUUGAAGCUGGAAUAAAACAGUUCCUUGUAUCAUCAAUGUCAGGAGAUAACAGGUCUGCAAAUAGUCAGAUUGACUAUCAUGAAGUUAUAUAUGAUGUUUACCGUUGUGCUCCUCAGAUCUUGUCAGGAGUCAUUCCUUACCUUACAGGGGAACUAUUGACUGAUCAACUCGACAUUCGUUUAAAAGCAGUGGGGAUAGUUGGAGAUCUUUUUGCUCUGCCAGGCUCUACCAUCAGUGAACCCUUUCAGCCAAUCUUUUCAGAGUUUUUGAAAAGGUUGGCUGAUAGAGGAGUAGAGGUCAGAAUGACUGUCCUGGAACGUGUCAAAAGCUGUCUGCUGUCAAAUCCUUUGAGACCUGAGGCUUCUCAAAUGAUCACUGCUCUCUGUGAUCGACUAUUGGACUAUGAUGAGAAUGUCCGAAAACAAGUUGUUGGUGUCAUUUGUGAUGUGGCAUGCCAUGCGCUGAAUUCCAUGCCUGUUGAUACUAUAAAACUAGUUGUGGAACGUCUUCGAGACAAAUCUCUACUUGUUAAAAGGUAUACCAUGGAGAGACUGGCUGAGAUUUUCAGGGUUUAUUGUGUGAAGUCCUCUGAUGCCUCAGUCAGUGCCACUGAAUUCGAUUGGAUUCCUGGAAAGAUUUUGAGGUGUUUUUAUGACAGAGAUUUCAGAUCAGAUACAAUUGAAUCUGUUCUUUGUGGGUCCAUGUUCCCAACUGAGUUCUCAGUGAAAGAUAGAGUUAAACUCUGGGUCAGAGUGUUCUCUGUAUUUGACAAAGUGGAGGUUAAAGCUCUUGAGAAGAUGCUGGAGCAGAAGGCACGGUUACAACAAGAGAUGCAGAGGUAUCUAUCCCUCAGACAGAUGCAUCAGGAUGGAGAUGCUCCAGAGGUCCAAAAAAAAGUUCUGUUCUGUUUUAGGAUCAUGUCUCGGUCAUUUGCCGAAACCACUAAGGCUGAGGAGAAUUUUCAGAUACUUGACCAAUUGAAAGAUGCCAAUAUCUGGAAGAUUUUAAUAAACCUGCUUGAUGCAAACACUGGUUUCCAUCAAGCUUGUAUUUGUCGGGAGGAUUUGCUUAAAAUACUUGGUGAAAAACAUCGGCUGUAUGAUUUUCUGAGUAAUCUCUCGUUGAAGAGUUCUUAUUUACUUUUCAAUAAAGAGCAUGUAAAAGAAAUUCUUUUGGAGGCUGCCACCCAUAAGUCUGCUGGAAAUAUGCAAUUUACUCAAUCCUGCAUGGAUAUACUGGUGCUUCUUGCACGCUUCAGUCCAAUGCUAUUUGGUGGGGCUGAAGAAGAAUUACUCAAGUUUUUGAAAGAUGAUAAUGAGAUAAUAAAAGAAGGUGCUUUGCACAUUUUGGCAAAGGCUGGUGGUACCAUCAGAGAACAGCUUGCGGUGUCGUCAAGUUCAAUUGACCUUAUAUUGGAGCGUCUCUGCUUAGAAGGGAGUCGAAGACAGGCCAAGUAUGCUGUGCAUGCCCUAGCAGCAAUAACAAAAGAUGAUGGACUCAAGUCCCUAUCUGUUUUAUACAAGAAACUUGUUGACAUGCUGGAGGAAAAGAGAGAUUUGCCCGCUGUACUGCAAUCUCUGGGAUGCAUAGCAGAAACUGCAAUGCCAGUUUUUGAGACCAGAGAGAGUGAAAUUGAAGAAUUCAUAAAAAGCAAGAUUCUUAAAUGUAGCAGUAAAGCAGAAGAGAAUGCAAAAGCAUGCUGGGAUGACAGAAGUGAACUUUGUUUGUUGAAGAUAUAUGGUAUCAAGACACUGGUCAAGAGCUACUUGCCUGUCAAAGAUGUGCAACUUCGCCCUGGCAUUGAUGGCCUUCUGGAGACCCUUAGGAAUGUACUUCUUUUUGGAGAAAUAUCAAAAGAUAUUGAAUCAAGUUCAGUUGACAAGGCUCAUUUGAGGCUUGCUUCUGCAAAAGCGGUUCUUCGUUUGUCAAAGCACUGGGAUCAUAAGAUACCUGUUGAUGUCUUCCACUUAACCUUAAGGACACCUGAGAUUGCUUUCCCAGAAGCUAGAAAACUUUUCCUUAGCAAAGUUCAUCAAUACAUUAAGGAUCGGCUUCUGGAUGUGAAGUAUGCUUGUGCUUUCUUUUUUAAUACAUCUGGAUCUAAUCCCCUUGAUUCUGAAGAGGAGAAGCAGAAUCUAGCUGAUAUCAUUCAAAUGUAUUACCAAGCAAAGGCAAGACAACUCUCUGUACAAAGUGAUGCAAAUCCCUCAGGAGCAUAUCCUGAAGACAUUCUUCCUUAUUUGGUCCAUGUCCUUGCUCAUCAUUCAUGUCCUAAUGUAGAUGAAUGCAAGGAUGUUAAAGCAUUUGAAACAAUAUACCGGCAAUUGCACUUGAUUCUUUCUGUUCUGGUGCAUAAAGAUGAAGAUGCCAAGUCAGAACCUAGCACAAACAAAGAGAAAGAGAAUUUAAAAGAGAGAGAGAAUUUAUCUGCAAUAGUUUCUAUCUUUCAAAGUAUCAGGUGUUCAGAAGAUAUAAUUGAUGCUACAAAGUCAAAGAAUUCACAUGCUAUCUCUGAACUUGGGCUGUCAAUCACCAAGCGCUUAGCUCAAAGGGAGGAUGAUUUACAAAGGUCGGCUUCAUCAGUUUCCCUGCCUCCAAUACUUUACAAACCGUAUGAGAAGAAAGAAGGGGACGAGCUGGCAACUGAAGGAAAAACAUGGUUAGCUGAUGUGCAUGUCUUGACUCAACUUGAAUCACUUAAGCUAGAAAGUGAUGGAAAGAUUAAUUCAGGUAUUCCUGAGGAUGAAGUUCUAAAGGAUGCUGAAAAAGAAGCAAAUGAGGUGCCUCUUGGGAAAAUAAUAAAACAGUUAAAAUUGCAGGGCACCAAGGAUGGCAAAGUUAAAAAGAAGUCUUUAUCAGCUAAAAAGAAAAAUGCUGAAAGUGAUGUUGAUAUCCUGAAGAUGGUCAGGGAAAUCAAUUUGGAUAAUUUGGGGGCCUUAUCUAGUAAGUUUGAGUCAAGCAAUGGUCACAAACAUUUUCCAAGUGAAACAAAGUCGGAACCAGGGCACCAAAUAGCUAAAAAGAGAAAGGUUACUGAUGUAGCAUCUGUUCCAGUACCUAAACGACGGAGAUCAGCUUCUCAUAGUGCUUUCAGACUAUCUUCGAGCAAUUUAUUUAAUCCGCUUAGUGCUUCAGGGGAUGAUUCCAGCCCUGAUGCAAAGGAUAAAAAGUAUGUCCGAAGGAGCACCGAGUCUGACUUGUUGGUAUCAUGUGUGCGAAAGAAUAUAAGCUUCUCGUCAAAACAUAAAGGCAAAAGCUCUGAUUUUGGUGAUAAUAGUAAGGAAAAUGAGGAUAAUGAUGAUUAUAAUCUGAAGAAGUCUAUUGAGUCAGGAGACACUGAUAACAUUGAUGGAAGUAAUAACUUCAAAUCUUUGACUGGAAGCAUGAAGAAGAGAAAAAGAAGAAGCAUCGCAGGGUUGGGAAAGUGCACAACAAAGAAAAGUGGCAUUGAUAUGGAAGAGGUAAUUGGUUGUAGAAUAAAAGUUUGGUGGCCCAUGGACAAGCAAUUUUAUGAAGGCACCAUCAAGUCGUAUGAUCCUAUAAAAAGGAAACAUGUGAUAUUAUAUGAUGAUGGAGAUGUAGAAGUGCUCCGUCUAGAAAAAGAGCGCUGGGAGCUUGUGGACAGCGGUCGCAAAACUAUUAAGAAGGCAAACUUAUUGAAGCAUACCCUGUCAACUAAACUCUCGCCUGCACAGAAAAGAAAAAGUGUGGGUAAUUCACAUCAAAAGAAGAGAUCAGAAAAUAUAGUUAAAGGCAAAAGAACUCCCAAGAAAAAUUCCAAGCGCAUACAUAAAGAACCUGAGGACAAGGACGACUCUGAUGUAUCAAAUCCUGAACCCUCUGAGGAAUCUAGAGGAGAUGAAGCAAAACCAGGUGAUUCUGAUGGGGAACAUGCUGAAGGGGUGACACAAAACCCAACAGAUAUGGAUGAAUCUGACAAGGAAGUGACAUCAAUUUCUGGAGAAAAACACUUGGAGGACACACUGGAGAACCAAAAUCAUUCCGAGGAAUCUGAUGGAGAAGAAAAAUCCAAUUUGGAAGUUAAAGAUUUUGCGGAUACUGAGAGUAUACCAGAAGAUGCUAAAAAAGAUGCGGCAGAAGAACCCCAUUCAGAGGAACGAGAAGAUGAAUUAAGUGAAGGCCUAAAAGAGGAAUCUAAUAAAGACAAAUCGGACUCUGAAGGGGAUCAAGAUGAAGAUGCAAUUGGGACUGGUCAGAAAAGUCUGGAGAAACUAGAUGCAGAAUCGAGUCCUUCCAAUGCUGGGGAUGCUGAAUUCUCUGACAAUGAGCCUCUUAGCAAAUGGAAGAAUAAAGUACGAAAAUCAGCAUCAAGACAAGCAAGAUGAGGAUUUGAGGCUGCAAACUGCCAACUGGACAAAGAAGACACGAAGCCUUGGUUUGGUUCUGUUUUAGACUCUAAUCCAUUUUGUUUAACUGGAGUAGCUGGCAGGAGGGUGAAAGAAGAUGAAAGGUAUUUAAUGUUGUAAACACACUAAUAAAAUUUCAGAAGUGGUUGCCUCUGAUCACAUACGAAUGUAAAGUAACAGUAGGCUCUUCAGUAGGAAUGUAAUGUUAGUCUCAGUAGUGUCCUGUCCUGUAAUUGUGUUUGGACUAGUGGUAGAAGAAAAGAUUGGUAUAAUGGUUCAUGGAUUGUAGUGUAGUCCACAUCUUUCUAACCACCAAAUGAUAGGUCACUUGUACAGUUAUAGCUGGGAACAGUGUUGUAUGUUAGAAAUAUUCAUGUUUGAUUUUUGACACCCAUCAAAGUGAUAAUGUUAGACUCUCUUGUUUGCUUUAAUA